CCGUCACACGGGACAAAAAUCAAAGAAGGGUCCACGGACUGCCACAUCGUUCGUUUUUGGUCUUUUUCCGUACAAACAGAUUUCCAAGGAUCUUCCCGAUGAGAAGCACUUCUUCUCGCAACAAUAUUGAUCCGGUAGCAAUGCGCAUAUCCCGUUUCUCCCCUCUUUCGUCGUACGCGGGAGCCUUCUAGUAAUUACCCCACAUGCGGAUUGUGCCCAUCAUCAAUCGAAACGGCGAGAGUUUGUCCAACUCCGCCAUGGCUGGUUGGGACGACUUGCCAGCUGAGCUCAGGUCUUUGGUCCUCAGCUUUGCCAUAGCUGCUGCGCAGAAAAGACCCAAGGCGCACCAUCUCUCCUCCUAUGCUGCCGUCUGCAAGGAGUGGCAGCAUGUCGUCGAACCCGUGAACUUCGGAUCCCUCAAGCUCACCGCCUCCGACCUGACCGAUUUCGAUGCCCUUGUGGUCGGCCCACGCCGCAGGUGGCUCAAAUACGUCUGGUUCAGAGUCGAAUUGCCCAAGUACCCGAAGAAGAAGAGCCACACGCCCGAAACCGAAGAGGAGCAGGACGAGAAUGACCGCGUCUUCUCCCAUAAAAUCGCGAGCCUCUUCGAGGUCCUCUCCACCUGGCCCGAAGAGGACAGCUCGGGGAUCGAGUUGGAGCUCAGUGCCAGGUCGCCGAGCGAUACGCAGGCUCUGGCAGGCGCGGCUGGGCUGACGGAGGACGGGGAAUCCCGGUACUUUGAUUCCCACCUGGAUUUUGCGUUUCUAGAUACAGGAUGGUUCGGAUCGCACGGCCUCGUCGAAGUCUACGUUGUCACAAAACUGUCCAUUCUGCGACGGUGCUGGCGCAACCUCGAACCCCGUGCUAUCCUCACUAUCGUCUCCAGUCUCCCGCGUCUCCGGGAGGUGAGAUAUGAACCGUUCCAGCAAUUCGACGAUGGUUCACAAGAAAUCAUCGACAUGGAUCGUGCUCGAGAACUGCCCUUCUGGCCUUCGACUUUGCAGCGAAUCAGCUUCUUCGAACAUUUCGACCCCAUCAACGAGGAAACCGAGAGCAAUGAGGAGGACGAUGACUUCGAAGACGAGGAUGGUAGCGAGCAAGGCGACAUCAACGAGACGGAGCCGCGCACGUGCAUCGCGCUGGCCAUGAGCUUCGCUCGCCGCAGCAUCCAGCUCGAGGAGCUAGCCGUCUCCUUCAUGAUAGACGCCCGCCACUUCUUUCAACCUUUCUUCGAAGCUCGCCUUCCGGCCUCGAAACCCGAGCUGCCCUUCUGGUCUUCACUCCGAUGGUUGACGCUCACGUCGUCUGCGAUUCACUAUGACGAGGAAGCGGACCGGCUGGACGCCGUCUUCCUGGCGGCCGGGCGUGCGGCGAAGCGCAUGCCCCAACUACGGGUCAUGGAACUCUACAACGUCUGCAAGCAUUCGGCCGGGGUCUUCCGUUACAUGGUUACCGAGGGGAUUAGCGGGACUCCGUCCAUCGGCUGGGAGGGGACUUGGCAGUACGACAUGGGCGAGCGCGUGAAGAGGGUCUGGGGCGAAGUUGCCUGGGCGAACGUCUCCAAGGCUCUCGUGGUACGUCCGGAAGAAGUAAUGAAGUACGAGGGCAUGUUCAAGUUCAUCCACAACAACCUGGCAACCAGGGAGCUCGUAUUGCACUGGGUAUCAUCGACGGAAUUACUUGGUAAGAAGGAACCUCUUCCGGUACCUCGACUGAGUCUGCGAUAGGAAAACAGGCGAAUUUGGUUCUAGAAAUCACCUACUUGGCCCCUAGUACCUUUCUUAUAGUCCUUAUGGUAAAAUACCCUGGCAUGAUUGACAUAUCCCUUACAAGCCAAAGUCAAUUGAGAAUUCGAGG